AUGUCAACACCAUUCGUGAUAGAGACAACAACCCUCAAUGCUGUCCGAUCACUUCCGACAGACGUCUACCUCGUGCACGCGACCAACUGUAUCGCCGAGUGGGGCGCUGGCAUAGCAGCUGAACUCGCACGCGUCUUCCCGGCUGCAUGCGCACAGUACAAGGCAUUCUGCAACGCCGACGCGUCUUCUCGAUGGCCAUCACCAAAGCUCGCAGGGCAGUGCUACAUCAUUCCACCACAGGCUUCAGACGUGGCUCGCGGGGCGCCCAAAAUACACAUUGUGUGCUUGUUUACCAGCUAUGGGUACGGCAGAGCGAACACGAGGACCGGAAAGCCAGGAAGGGAUGCAGCUGGAAAGAUCUUGGCGCAGACGAGGAUGGCUUUGAAGGAGAUGCGGACGCAGCUUGAUAUGGAGGCGGGAAAGAUAGAAAACGGGCCUGUCACGAUUUAUUCACCCAUGUUCAAUUCGGGCGCGUUUCGUGUGCCGUGGGAGAAGACAUCCAAAGUCAUUGAGGGUGAGUUUGACGGCUUUGAAGGGCGUUGGCUUGUGAUGGCACCACCCCCUUCUUAA